AGACACGGCAACCAAGGUCACCCUAAAACCUACUCCUAUCGCAACACUUUCCACUUUCCACUCUCACUGAACAGACAAAUCCUUUCCUCUAGGCAUCAUUCUCACUUUCAAAUGCGAAGACCGAAGUAGAUUCUAUUCCUGCCCAAAUGAAGUCGCAAAGAACGGCCACGAUAGGAGAUAGGACCAGUACUGUAUCCAUCAUAGAACCUAAAAUCGAACUAAACUCGCUCAUUCAUUCCCUUCCUCCCGAAAUUCUGUCCGAGAUAUUUCUUCUUGCACUCCCAGGCUCGUACAGCGUUCUUGAGCCCCUACACGAGGGUCCAUGGCUACUGGGGCGAGUCUGUCGCCGGUGGCGAGAUGUCGUCUGGGGUUAUCCAGCCCUGUGGUCGUGUUUUGUUCUAAUUGAUUGGGAAGCGCCGCACCGAAUACAAGAAGAAAUCGGAGCAAGAAUGGUCCAGGAGGCCCUUCAGCGGACCAGACAGAGUAAACUCUCCAUGACGAUAUGGACGGGUUACAUUUUCUCAGAUACCAUCGUUGAGACCUUACUGCAGCAUUCACAGCAAUGGGAAGACGUCUCUUUUCUAGGCCCUUCCUCUCGUCAAUGGACUCAAUCACUACUCAAUCCCCAUCCGAUCCAUCUCCCCUCGUUGAGGUCACUUUCCUUGGCUCACAAUUAUUCUAUUGAUGACAUCGCUACCAUCAUGGGCGUGCUCAAAGACGCGCCGAACCUCAGAUGUCUCCGAUUGGAUGUACGGGUAUCCUACUUUGACCCGAGCACGAUUCUCUUUCCAUGGUCCGGUAUCACACAUUUGGAUAUGUUCUUCUUGAAGUUGAAUCGGCUAGAGCUGAUUGUCAAGCUUCUCCGUCUUUGUCCGAAUCUUGAAGAGUUGAAGGAGAGGACCAUGCUCCGCUCUGAGGCGGCCACCAUCGCCCCAUUGACGCUCGAAAAACUCCGUUCGCUGAGCCUCGGAUUUUCUCAUUUGCUCCUGCGUCACCUCACUUGUCCGGUAUUGCAAUACCUAACAUUCAUUAUGCCAUAUACCGACUAUCCAUCAUCCAGUCUAACGAUAUCUCGAUUCUCCGCCUGUUCUGGGAGUCAUCUGCGGACCCUUGAUCUCCGGCUAGGGCGAAAGACCCUAAACCCCGAUCAACUAUUCUCAUGCGUUCCCCAGCUUCACAGAUUGAUUCUAUCUUUGGCGGGUACGGAAAACGACAUGGAUCCAUCCAAGUGUCUCAGGUGUCUCGACUCAGGCGACAUGGCCCGGGGUCUGAUGCUCCCCAACUUGUCUGUCUUUGAGCUGAGCGCAAACAGGCUUUUUAUGGGUGAUAUUCGGCUGCACGGACGGGAUGAGUUACUGGUCAGGAUUAUCGAUAGGCGUUGGAACGUUCCUGAAGAUUCUCGGGUUACUCGGUUGUCUCAGGUUCGUAUCAGAUGCCGGAAUCCUGCUCGUGUAGAGGCGAAAGGUGUUGCAAAGCUCGGUACUUUGUCGCAUAUUGCUCGUCUGAAAUUGUGUAAGGCUGAAGGAUUGGAUAUCUCAGUCAUUGUCGAUGAAGAGAUGGACGGACUACUCGAGGAACGUGUUCUUUUAUGAUACACUGGCAGAAGAUGUUGUAUCCAACAUUUUGUGUUCUAUUUCAUUCGCCUCACAUCAUGGGAUGUUUCUUGCAACUAGCGAGCCGCUGAACUCUUGUCUUUAUUAUCAUUUCCAUAUCUCUGGUUCAACGACAGGAAAUGCAACGAGCUG